AUGGUUAUGUUAGAUGAGGAUCGAAAAACGGGCACGAGAGUGUUCAAGAAGACAAGUCCGAAUGGCAAAAUCACAACGUAUUUGGGGAAGCGCGAUUUUAUUGAUCGAGGCGAUUAUGUGGAUUUGAUUGAUGGAAUGGUUCUAGUUGAUGAUGAAUAUAUUAAAGAUGGGAAGAAGGUGAGUUAGAGGAACUUAGAGUUGAGUUGGAGAGAUUCAGAUGAAUCUAGAAGGCUUCUCAAAGCUUAUGGAGCUUUCAGAGGGUUCUAGGAAGCUUCUGAAGGCUCUAGAAGGCGUCAGAAGACUUCAGGAGGAUUCAGAACGCUUCAGAGAGCUUCUGACAGUUUUUAUCCAAAAUUUUGCAGAUCACCGCUCAUCUCCUGGCAGCUUUCCGAUACGGUCGCGAAGAUCUCGAUGUUCUCGGCCUAACCUUCCGCAAAGAUCUAAUAUCCCAACAAUAUCAAGUCUACCCGCCAGAUCCAAAAAAUCAAGAGCGACCGCUGACAAGACUUCAGGAAAGAUUGAAACGAAAAUUAGGAGCCAACGCUUUUCCAUUCUGGUUUGAAGUUUUGCCAAGAAGUGCCAGCAGUGUUACACUUCAACCAGCUCCCGGAGAUACUGGGAAGCCUUGUGGGGUGGAUUAUGAGCUUAAGACUUUGGUUGGUGGAGUGGAACCGGUUAAUGAUAAACCCAAGAAACAGUGAGUUUUUUUUCAAGCUUGGGAGAGGUUCUAGAAGAUCUAGGUGACUUAGAAGAACUUUCAGAAGCUCGGAGAAAAUCCUAAAAGAUUCAAAAUAACCCUACAAUCCUACUUUUUCAGCUCAAGUAACAGUGUUCGCCUGGCGAUCCGAAAAUUGACCUAUGCACCCUGGGAACCUCGCCCACAACCAAUGAUUGAUGUCACCAAAGAUUUUAUGAUGUCCUCUGGAUUAUUGCACAUGGAAGCAUCGUUAGAUAAGGAAAUGUAUUAUCAUGGAGAAUCGAUUGCUGUUAAUAUACAUUUACAAAAUAAUAGUAAUAAAACUGUCAAAAAAUUGAAAGUGAGUUGACCUUUUGAAACCGUUUUUUAUUUUUAUAGCCGGAAGAUUGAUAAUGAUUUUUAUGAGGGGGGAAAUUCUAGAAAGCCCUGGAAGAUCUUUGUAGUUUCGAUAAGUCCGGAAAUCAUUUUUGAGAUCCUGGAAUUUUUUAAAAUCCUGAAAAUCUUCUAGAAAGCUUGGAGAAAUUAAAGAGUUUUUUUUAGAACCCGGGAAAUAAUUCUGAAAAAUCUGGAAGAUUUUUAGAAACUUCUAGGAGUUCGGGAAAAGAUCUAAAAUAUCAGGGAGAUUUAUCAGAAGUCUGGAAACUUUCAGAAGUCUUUGAAGAUUUUCGAAAAAUUUCUAAAAAUCCUAGGUACCUUCUAGAAGCCUGGAAACUUUUAAAAGGCUCAGGAUAUUUUUUGAAUUUUUCCAGAAGCCCAGAAAAAUUGUAGAAAAUCUAGAAUCCAUAUAGAACUCCCAUAACUUCCCACUGACAUCUAGAAAUCCCAACUUUCUUCCAGAUAAGUGUCAUACAAGUAGCGGAUAUUUGCCUCUUCACCACCGCCUCCUACACAUGUGAAGUUGCAAAAAUUGAGAGCAAGUAAGUUCAAUUGAUCAAAGAGCACAUUUUUCUUAUCAUAAAUUCCACUUUUUUUCAGUGAGGGUUUCCCAGUUGGACCUGGCGCCACAUUAUCAAAAGUGUUCUCCGUUUGCCCGUUGCUUCGAAAUAAUAAAGAUAAACGAGGGUUGGCACUUGAUGGACAAUUGAAACACGAAGAUACUAAUUUGGCUUCUAGCACUAUGUAAGUGCAAAUCAUAAAACACUCUAGCCUCUCUAACUCUCUCAAUUUUUCUAGAUUGGACGGCAAAACAUCAAAAGAAAAUUUGGGAAUUGUAGUGCAAUACCGCGUCAAAAUUCGAGCUGCAAUCGGUGGACCAUUAUGGGGAGAACUCUCCGCGGAACUACCGUUUACUUUGACGCACGCAAAACCCGCGGAAAGUCCGGAGCGUAAAGAUCGCAUUAUUGAAAAGGCCAACGAGUCGAAUAUCAUGGAAGUUGAUUUGAUUCAAUUGAAUGAUGAAUUGUGAGUUUUCUAGAACACGAUUUAGCCUAAGUUUACAAUUCAAAAUUAUUGAUUUUUUGCAGAAUACGAAACGAUGAUGACGAUUUGAUAUUCGAGGAUUUUGCGCGAAUGAGAAUGCACGGAAACGACAGCGAAGAUCAUCCAUCGCCAAGCACACAUUUGCCACCGCAAAGCUUGAUUUAA